AUGGCCCCCGCCCGCCCCACCCGCCAGAUCCCCGAAGCCGCUUGGACGUCGGGUUUGAGGGAGAUGACGGAGCCCUGGAAAGGAGCGCUGGGCUGCUUCGGCGUUGCCGUCUUCUUCGCCAUGACCAUCGGCAUCAUCUCGUGGCAGGCGCUGGAGCAGCCGCCCGAGGAGUGGGUGCUGCGGGGCCGCGGCGGGGGGCUGCUGUGGGAGCGGCGGCGCGGGGCGCUGCUGCUGCGGGCGCUGCCGACGGGGCGCACCGUGCUGGCCAUCGCCGUGGCCGGGGUGCCGGCCGCCGAGCCGCCGCCGCCGCGGGACCGCUGCUGGCACGACGGCGAGCAGUUCUGCUACGCCUGGGAGGAGGACGCCGAGCUCCGGCUCUCCCUCGAGCCCCAGACGGCCCCCGCCACCGAGUGCUACAGCGUGCACUGGACCCCGCUGCGCCCCGACGUGAUGCUGAAGGAUUGCUUCUCCAUGGCCAACGUGUCGUGGUACGGGGGAGCGAGCCUCCGGGCGCAGCGCUGGCCCCUCAACGGCGCCGACAGCCACGCGCAGCCCUUCGUCAGCGGCGACUUCAGCCAGAGCCCGGCUGCCUACGGGCCUGUGCUCGACAGAUACUUCUUAGGCUCGACAGGCGUGACGGUGACAGUGGCCCCGGACGUGCCCCUCUUCCUCUCUCUGGAGACCAACCAUCACUUCUGCCUGGGGACACCGGCAGGGGAAGCUGCAGCCCCUCUGCGCUACCUGCUGUGUGUCAGCCCAGACGUGGCGGCAGCGCAGCGACACGCCGGCAGCCGGCUCCCCGCGGGACAGACCCGGGCGCUGCCGGACCUGGCCCUCCUGGGGUUGCCCAUCUGGAGGUAUCGUGGCCCAGGGGGCUCGGCUGCCAAAAUCCAGCGAGGUUUGAGGGCCCUGGCCAAGAGGCUGAAGCGGCAUCGCCUCCAGGAUGGGGUCCUGGCCCUGGGUGAGCGCUGCACAGCCGUCCUCGCUGCCACGGAGCAGCUGCCCCGGGAGCGGCGGCAGGCGCGGGGCCGCGCCGGGGGCCCGCCGCUGCUGUCCGUCACGCUGUCCCCGUACGCCGCCGUGGCCUCGCCGCUCUUCCUGCGCUCGCUGCGGGACCGCGACACCGCGGGCUACUGGCUGAGCCUGCGGCCCCGAGCCGGGGGCUGCUCGGUCCCGCUGCUGACGGCCUGGAAGGGGCGGCUUUGCGCCCGCCUCAACGUCAGCAGCGCGGCGGCGCUGGGCUGGUACCUGACGCGAGCCCGGCGCCUGCGGCACGACCUGGGCGCUGCCUACGUGGUGUUCGAGGGUGCUGAGGGCAACGCCUUCCUGCAGCAAGCUGUGCCCCCCCCGGCCGAGCUGGCGGGUGACCGGUACACCGAGGCGCUGGCGGCGGCGCUGGCGACGCUGGGGAACGCCACGGUCAUCAGCGCCGGGGCACGGUCCAGCCACCUGCCCCUGUUUGUCCAGAUGAGCCCCCUGCACUCAGACUGGAGCCACGCUGGGCUGAAGGGGCUCAUUCCCUCCGUGCUGCACUACAGCCUCUUGGGCUACAACUUCUUCAUCCCCGAUGCAGUAGGAGGGAGCCUGGCCGGGGACACCCCGCUGGACCCGGAGCUGUACGUGCGCUGGCUGCAGAUCGUGACGUUCCUGCCCGUGAUGGCCUUCAGCACGCCGCCCUGGCUCUGCUGCGACGCCUGGGUCCUGAACCUCACCCGGCAGUGCGUGCGGAGGCACCGGGACUUCGUCGUGCCUCUCCUCGUCAAAUACAGCGAGGAGUGGCUUCGCUUGGGCUUCCCCAUCUUCCGGCCCGUGUGGUGGCUCAGCCCCACAGACCCCAGGGCCUUCACCGUGGAGGAUGAGUUCCUCAUUGGAGAUGAGGUCCUGGUUGCCCCAAUAACAGAAAAAGGGCAAAUGUGGAGAGAUAUCUACCUGCCUGGAGCAGGGCAGGCGUGGCUGGACCCCAGCACUGCCCGUGUGUUCGACGGAGGCACCGUGCUCAGCAAUUACUCCGCCGGCCUCGCAGACGUGCCGCUCUUUGUCAAGGCCUCCUGA